GUUAAUGAUUCUUAUUGUUGUUCUUUGCUGAGUUGUGUCUGUACUUGCUCUGUGUAAAUGGAAAGUAACGAGUAAUGGAGACUUUGGCCAUGCCAGUUGCUGCAGCAACUCUUCGCCAAUUGGACUUAUUAGAAUUUCAAUCAUUGCGCCGUAACGGACAAGGCUGCGGAUGCCUUAAAACGGUGGCUUUUGAAGGCAGAGAUAGAAAGGAUAAAUAAAAUAAGAAUGAAAGAAAAUUUGGUGCUCUGAGUGAGUGAAUGAGUGUGUGUUUGUGGAAAAAAAGGCAAAUUAAAAUUUUAUUUCCAGUUCCAACAAAAAAAUACCAGGCAAACACGCGUCGUGUAAUUUGUAAAAAAUAAUUUAAAAAAAUUGAAAAUUUAAACAAAAAUUCCAAUAAUUAAGAAUAAAAAAGGAAAACCAAAAAAGAAAAGAAAAGCGAAAAAAUUUUUAUGUACCAUUGUUUGUGAAUAUUCUUCAAAACAGAAAUAAAGAUAGAAAAAAAAAAGAAUGAAUUGAAAAGGAAAAAUCCUAACUUGAAAUAAAUAAAAGUGGAGUUAAAACAAAAUCCCAAUCAACAAACCAAGGAGAAAAACCAUUCAAAACUUUUAUGCUAUCUGUGCAAAAGAAUCUCUGGCCAAGAAACAAAAAUUCAAUUAAAAGCCCGUAAUUACCUCGGGGCACACUUAGAGAUACAUUUAAAAAUUAUGUUUAAUUGCUAAACAAUGACGACGGUGAAACUUGCCCUGUCUGAACGCAAGCCCACAAAGCACAACAAAUAUAAAACGGAGUAAAGAAGAAGGAGACGACGACGAAGGAACGAGAACGAAGAAAAACAAAGGCCCUGGAGAGGGGCAAGGCAACAAAAUACAAACAUAAGAAAUAUGUUGCAGCCAACAUCAUGUGGCCCGGGGCCACCGGACAAAAUACUUGAAUUUAAUUGUAACGAGUUGCAGGAUAGCAUAAAUGCCACCGCCAACAACAACAGCAGCAACGGCCAGGGCUACACAACACCAGGCAUGGCAAUAAAAAACCCCAUGGCCAAUGGAGGGGAGCCGACAACAACAAAGCCAACCCACAAUUGGGAAGCUGAUAAUGAUGGGCAUAACUCUGGGCAAGGUUUCGCCAGAGCUGGGCGGCGGAGCAACACCCUGAACAAUUGUAGCCAUGAAAAUAACAAGAAAAACAACAACAAUAACUGCCAUUUAAAAAAUAUUAAAUUUUAUUUAAACAAUAUUUUAACCUAUCCCAAUAUGAAAGCCUGCAACGAUGUGCCCCAAACAAUAACAGCCGGGACAAGAACAUCUAACGCAUUGGCAGCCGUAACAACAGCUGCAGGGGAAGAUGAAAAAGGAGAGGCAGGACAUGAAAAGGCACCAGGAUCUAAACUUUCAUCAGCAUUUAGCAGCGUUUUGAUGUUGUUGCAUCAUUUUUGUUACUUCCUAACUGCAGCAGCUGCCACAUUUGUGGCCAAGUUUAAUAAAAUCUUGUGUGGCCACCACCACCAGCACCAACAUCAGCUCCAGCAAACGUCAAUUUCCCGAAAAUGCUUUUUAAUGUUUCUAAUGCUUUUUGGCAUACUGGCCCAGACCGGCCAUCAUCAAGUGGCAGCUGAGAAAAGUAAACACUAUUACAUGCAAUCGUUGUGCAAAAAUCAUUUCCUCCAGCAGCUCUAUCGGAAAAUCGACGGCGCCGUACUCUGGUCACAGAACGAACGUAAUCUCGACUGUAUCAUCACCUUUCAGACGCACUCGAUAUUGCAGCGAUUCAUGUUACGCUUCGAUAUGUUGCAAUUGGAUUGUAAUGAUCAUUUGUAUGUCUAUGAUGGGGCACACGCUGUGGCAACACCCAAGAUCGAUAUAUCCUGUCGCCAGACAAAGCAAACGGUCAGUUCAAUAUUGACCCGCACCAAUUUCGUUACGCUCAAAUAUGUGACAGACAAUUGGGGUACGGAUACGAAUGGUUUCAAAUUGGUCAUAACAUCGGUAAAGGAUCCAAAGCAUACAUGCAAAGAUUUCACCUGUGAAUCAAAUGGUUUUUGCAUAAAUCCUGAUCUACUGUGCGAUGGCAUUAAUCAUUGCAGCGAUAACUCCGAUGAAUCGGUGCAUAAUUUAUGCCAAAAUGAAACCACCAGCACUGUAUUUGGCAUGGAUAUGACAUGGAUUGUAAUGAUUGUGGUUAGUAUCCUGCUGAUAAUAAGUGCAGCCAUUGUGGGCAUAACCAUAUGUGUAUGUCGGAGACAGGAGGAUGGCAAUAAUCAACACACAACGGCCAUGCAAUUACACCAUACGGCCGAAACGAAUGGCUCCUCGAAACACCUGCAUUACACACACGGCGUUGGCGGCGGCGGCGGCGGUACACUUAGCCGCGAACACACCCAACUACCGCCAACGUCGGGAAACUGGCAUCACCCUGCGGGACCAUACGGGUACCUCCGCACGCAACUCAACUACUUGAAGAUGGCCACCAAAGUCCGUCCCAUCUGGUGCUUGGCAAAUUUCGUCAAUUAGGUCAAGAUCUCUCAGCGACUUCAGCUAACAACUUGGGCAUGUCCCAGACAAACAUAGCCAUCAAUAAUGUGGCAAAUCCCGCCAAUGCGGUGGGUGCUGCCCAAAAGGAUGAAUGGUUUGUCUGAAAGAUGCGUAAAAUAGAUUUACACCCACACACACUCAUACAUAAAUCUUGUGUGUGUAUGUGUGCGUGUAUGUCUGUCUAUUGUUUAGCCACGGAGAUUUGAGAUUUCUUUGAUUGUUAACAAAACAAAUAUAAGAAUGAAACAACUGUAAACAAAAUAAUUUAUAACCUAAAUUGAAGAAACCAAUAACUAAAUUGAAGCGAAACAAAUUUGCACAGCAUUAAAUGAAGACUGUUAAUAAAAACCAAAAAAAUAAUAACUUUUUGAAAUCAACAUCAAUUAUUAAUUAUUAAUGGAAAAAAAAUAUAUAACACAAAUUAUAUAUUUUUUUUUGGUGGACAUCACCACGCAGGGUGUAUGUAAUAAGAGAUUUUUUGUACCCAAAUCUCUUACAACUAAAAAUUCAAUUCAACAAGAACAACAAAAUGAGAUUAAGAACAACAACAACAACUUAAAAAACGACAAACCCAUAACAAACCAAGGAAUAUGGAAAACCCAACUAAAAUAAAUUUUCAAAUUGAGGGAAAUUUUGAAGGAAAUUAAACAAAAAAGAAAAAUCUAUCAGAAAUUCUGUAAAUAAUUUAUAAAUAUUUUUUGUUUUUAAUUUUAAUUAAAAUUAAUGAAGAAAAUCUAAAAAAAGAAACAAAAACUGCAAUAAACUCAAAAAUAUGAUUUAAAUUUGUUGUCUG